GGUAUAAAUGGUCUUGUACUUCAAACCAAAAACAAAAUACAAAAAUUUGUCAGCAAAAUAUGGGCACGUGCAGUCGGGUCAUAAUACCUUCAUACAGUCAACCAAGUAAUCAGACGUUACGCGUGAUGUUACUAAUACGGUCUGCAUUUGAUCCUCUACGAACAGCUACUACUAAACAAACAAUCGUUUUUUCCUCUUCUCGUCACUUAAUAAACGUAAAUAUUGCUUGCGUUAGUAAUUGCAAUGGGAACAAAUACAUCCCCAUCCACCUUAAAGGACAAUGCUUGCGAUGCCGUAUCAAAAAAAUUACGAAAUGGCAGUGGCGUGUGGAGUCAAUACCUGUGGAAGGAGCCUCCAAAAGACUUAUUUUUGAUGUGAAGGAAACUAAAAAGCGCUUGCUUGGUGUACACCUUGAUGUGGAGGCUGUAAAUCGUUAUAAACCAAAAUUUCUUUAUUACGGAACAUCUUGGGUGUUCUUGGAAAAAAAUAUGGGUCUUGCAGAUACUAUUUGCACAAUAAGCCCAAAAGUUGGUAAUGCACAUGAGACACAAUUUUUAUUACAUUGUAAUCAGAGCCAGAAGGAUAAAGAUAACGUCUAA